AUGGCUGAGCGGGUGCUGGUGAUCGGCAGUGGAGGCAGGGAGCACGCCCUGGCCUGGAAGUUGGCUCAGUCCCCACACGUCAAACACGUGUUUGUGGCUCCAGGAAAUGCAGGGACAGCUGACAAUGGAAAAAUCUCCAAUUCAGCUGUUCCAGUCAGUGACCAUGCCGCUGUUGCCCAGUUCUGCAGGGACCAGGACAUCAAGCUGGUGGUGGUCGGUCCUGAGGUUCCUCUUGCUGCUGGAAUUGUGGAUGACUUGACAGCAGCUGGGAUCAGGUGUUUUGGCCCCACAGCAAAGGCAGCUCAGCUGGAGUCCAGUAAGAGCUUUACCAAAGCCUUCCUGGAUCGUCAUGACAUCCCCACUGCCAGAUGGAAAUCCUUCACUGACCCCAAAGCAGCCUGUGCCUUUAUCAACAGUGCCACCUUCCCUGCUUUGGUUGUCAAAGCCAGUGGCCUGGCAGCUGGCAAAGGAGUCAUCGUGGCUUCGACCAAGGAGGAGGCCUGCAAAGCUGUCACUGAAAUCAUGCAGGAUAAGAGUUUUGGCACAGCUGGGGAAACUGUUGUUGUUGAAGAACUUCUUGAAGGAGAAGAAAUUUCUUACCUGUGUUUCAGUGAUGGUGUCACCAUUGCUCCCAUGCCCCCAGCCCAGGACCACAAGAGGCUGAUGGAUGGAGAUGAAGGCCCCAACACAGGAGGGAUGGGAGCUUAUUCCCCAGCUCCUCAGAUUUCUAAAGAUUUGCUGCAGAAGAUAAGAGAGACUGUUCUUCAGAAGACUGUUGAUGGCAUGAGGAAAGAAGGUGUCCCCUAUUUGGGUGUGCUUUAUGCUGGAUUAAUGCUCACCAAAGAUGGGCCUAAAGUUCUGGAAUUUAACUGCAGAUUUGGUGACCCAGAGUGUCAGGUGAUUCUGCCCCUGCUGAGGAGUGACCUGUACGAGGUUAUGCAGGCAGUGAUCAACAGGAGGUUGGCCAGCUCCAUGCCAGUCUGGAAGGAGGACAGUGCAGCUGUCACUGUGGUCAUGGCUAGUCAAGGAUAUCCAGGGGCAUAUCCCAAGGGCUUGGAAAUAACAGGGCUUGCUAAGGCCAAGCAGCUGGGUCUGGAGGUGUUCCACGCAGGCACAGCCCUGAAGGAGGGCAGGGUGGUGACCAGCGGGGGCAGAGUGCUCACAGUCACGGCCGUCAAGGAGGACCUGCCGGCUGCGCUUCGGGAAGCCAACCUGGGCGUGGCUGCCAUCCACUUCCAGGGGGCCACCUACAGGAAGGACAUUGGCUACCGGGCCAUAGCCUUCCUCAGGCAAUCCAGAGGCCUGACUUACAAGAACAGUGGGGUGGACAUUGAAGCAGGGAACACUUUGGUGCAGAAGAUCAAGCCCUUUGCUGCAGCCACAUCAAGGUCAGGCUGCAAUGCAGAGCUUGGAGGGUUUGCUGGGCUCUUUGACCUGAAAGCAGCUGGAUACAGAGAUCCCAUCCUGGUGUCUGGAACCGACGGCGUCGGCACAAAACUCAAGAUUGCUCAGGAGUGCCAGAAACACGACACCAUCGGGCAGGACCUGGUGGCCAUGUGUGUCAAUGACAUCCUGGCCCAGGGAGCUGAGCCCCUCUUCUUCCUGGACUAUUUUGCCUGCGGCAGACUCGACGUGGAAGUGGCUCAGGGAGUCAUUGCAGGAAUUGCUGAUGCUUGCAGGAAAUCUGGAUGUGCACUUUUGGGAGGAGAAACAGCCGAGAUGCCAGGGAUGUAUCCCCCCGGCGAGUACGACCUGGCCGGCUUCGCCGUGGGGGCCGUGGAGCGAGGGCAGAUGCUGCCCCAGCUGGACAGGAUCACUGAGGGGGACCUGCUCAUUGGGGUGGCAUCUUCUGGGGUCCACAGCAAUGGCUUCAGCCUCGUGAGGAAGAUCGUGGAGAAGUCGUCCCUGGAUUUCUCCUCCCGUGUCGGUGUCUCCGGGGAUCAGACGCUGGGAGAACUCCUGUUAACCCCAACCAAACUGUACAGCAAGACUCUGCUGCCUGUGCUGCGCUCGGGCCAUGUCAAAGCCUAUGCCCACGUCACUGGAGGGGGCCUGCUGGAAAACAUUCCAAGAGUUCUGCCACAGUCCUUGGGUGUCGUUUUAGAUGCUCUCACCUGGAAGAUCCCUGAAAUCUUCAGCUGGCUCCACAAGGAAGGGAACCUGUCUGAGGAGGAGAUGGCUCGGACCUUCAACUGUGGGGUUGGAGCAGUGCUGGUGGUUCAGAAGGAGAUGGCCCAGCAGGUCCUCAGGGACAUCCAGGCACACGAGACUGCCUGGCUCAUUGGCAAAGUGGUCUCCCUACAAAAAGGCUCUGACAGCGUUAAAGUCCUCAAUCUGCAUCGGGCCCUGCAAGCCAACAGGUCCCUGUGUGUGCACAGCCACAUCCAGGGCAAGAUCCAGCCAGGCAAAGUGAAGGUUGCUGUCCUCAUCUCUGGAACAGGCACAAACCUGGAAGCCCUCAUCAAUAGCACGAAGAAAGACACCAGCUAUGCACAGAUAGUUCUGGUUAUCUCCAACAAAGCUGGUGUGGAGGGGCUGAGGAAAGCUGAGAGAGCUGGGAUCCCUACAAGGGUGAUUGAGCACACGAGGUACCAGAGCCGCACGGAGUUCGACAGCGCCGUGGACAAAGUCCUUGAGGAGUUCUCCGUGGAGCUGAUCUGCCUGGCUGGGUUCAUGCGCAUCCUCUCGGGUCCUUUUGUCAAGAAAUGGGAAGGGAAAAUCCUGAACAUCCACCCGUCCCUGCUGCCGUCCUUCAAGGGAGCGCACGCGCACAGGCUGGUGCUGCAGGCUGGGGUCAGGGUCACGGGCUGCACCGUGCACUUUGUGGCUGAGGAGGUGGACGCUGGGGCCAUCAUCUUCCAGGAGGCUGUGCCAGUGAAGCCAGGGGACACGGAGGCCACGCUGGCCGAGAGGGUGAAGGAGGCAGAGCACAGAGCCUUCCCUGCCGCCCUGCAGCUCGUGGCCAGCGGCGCCGUGCGCGUGGGCGAGGCGGGCAAGAUCUACUGGAAAUAGAGCUGGGGCUCCACCCUGCCCUUGGAUGGGGCAGCUGGGAGCCCUGUGCUGACCCACAGGGCCGUGCCCUUCACCUGCCUCACAAGGGGAAAGCUUCAAAUCCCGGGAAAGCCACCAAUGGGAAUUCGGGGCCGUUCCCAGAGGGUGCAGCAAUGGCUCCUGUAAGUGCUUCCUAAUUUUAAUCGCUUCCCUGGUCAACGUUUUGGUUCUCAAUC